AGGCUGCACAGAGUGACUGUCUGUCUGUCUGGCAGUGAGCUGCUCGUUCUCUAGCCACAGCCACGCAGCUUUAAGAAGUGGAAGAAGAGAAGAGUCCGCUUCCACACUUCCUGUGGUUUCACCACACAGUGAAUCGAGCGUGUGGACAUUCUAACAGCUGGAAACUACGUUUUGUUUUUGUUUUUUUUUUUCGCAACAUCUGGAACUUUGUUGGACUUCGAGCUGAGGUAGACUGAAGCCAUAAGCCGCUAUUCACCUCGACCACGUCCAAGUUCACAGCAGUUCGCUAUGGUGAACAGCAGAGUGGAGGUGCCCGCCGCAGUGGCAGUGACGGGCAGCGGCGGGGGAUCAGCGGGCAGGUUGUGCGCAGGAUGUGGAGGUCGGAUCGCAGACCGCUUCUUGCUCUUCUCCAUGGAGCGUUACUGGCACACACGCUGCCUCAAGUGCUCCUGCUGCCACGCUCAGCUGGGCGAGUACAGCAGCACCUGCUACAGCAAAGGAGGCAUGAUCCUCUGUAAGAGCGACUACAUCAGGCUGUUUGGACACAGUGGUGCCUGCAGUGCUUGUGGACAGUCUAUACCUGCCAGUGAGAUGGUGAUGCGAGCUCAAGGCAGUGUUUACCACCUUAAAUGUUUCACCUGUGCGACCUGUAGGAACCGCCUGUUCCCCGGGGAUCGUUUUCAUUACAUCGAUGGGACUAUCUUCUGUGAACAUGACCGACCAGAAGGAAGUCUGCACGGCAGCCACCCAACUCCACUGCAGACCAGCAGCAUGAUGUCCAGUCAGAAGGUGUGCUGAGGAAGAGGGAGGAAGGCCUCUGUCUCCUCCUCACCCUCUUCUUCCUCACUGUGAGUCCUGUCAUUGGCUGACCUCUCACCCCACAGUCUGGAUAGAUUCACUUCUACUGCUGACUUCUCUGUGCACAGUCCUGUGGUUUGUUAGAGGACUGAGGAUUCUGAGGGUGACUGGAGAUUAUUUAUACAGCAGGCUGUUGUUUAUUGUGAACUGUGACAACAUGAAUGGUAAGAGCAUGUGGACUAUGGGGAAACGGAGGACUUGUUAUGGUCCAAUUCCGGUGAUUCAGAUGAAAUCUGAACCUUAUCCCAGCCAGCCAGGCACGGUGGGAAAAGAGGUAACACAAUGUGUUUCCACAAUAACACAGAGUAAAAAAAAAAAUGGAUGAAUCUCUGCAGCUGCUGGAUGUUUGCUGAAUGAGAACUCUUCUAUAUUCAUACUUUAAUGUCUCUGUAAUUCUCUGUGAAACAUUCAACAGACAAGUUAGUCUCUAAAUUCUUUUUUUUUUUUUUUUACCACAGUGGGUUGGGGAAAGUGAUAGUUGCCCCUCAAUGGCAGCUCUCCUUCCACAGACAGCAGCUUGAACAGAACUAACCUCUCAGGCUAUGUUGCAAUAAUAAAGGACCAAGCAGUGUUUUUUUUUUCUUCCUGUUCAUCCUCCAUCUCCACAGCAGAUGCUGCAGCAAAAGUGAUGAAAGACAUCACCUCCACCUUUGUCCAAAAACUGUGUAAAACUACCACUACUAAAACUCAACACUUCCUCCAGAAUUUUCACAUUAAAAGUCUUGUGGCCUUCCCUUUA